UCCAAAACUUUGGCUGCUCACAUCACAGCAACAGGAAGUCGGGAAGCAGCUAUAAGCCUGCGCUUUUAUUUCCGGUUUGGAAAACGGAAGACGAACUUGUAAUUUACAGCAUACGUCCCUCCUCUGCGCUUCUAUUUCACUGACGCCCACUCUCUAGGAGCUUCAGAACCAGUUGCUAGCUUUCGAAUUUUGAGCACACGCUUCCGCCAGGAAUGGGGAAGCAGGAUGGUAACUUGUGGGACGAUUCCGCUCUUAUCCAUGCUUUUGACGAUGCCAUGUCCAGCUACAAGAAAAUUCAUAGCAAGAAAACCAAUGAGGGUUCAACCAAGGAAGAAAAGGUUGAGAUCAGCACAGGAGAACCAGUCAUUACUAAGGUUGACGAACAUGACGAGGCUAAGAGAAGACAAGGGGAUGCAGAUGGCCAUAGCAGUGAUACAUCAAAGACCACUGCAGAACUUGGAGAGACCACUAAUCAUUCAGAAGUGAAAGAAAAUGAUCGUGUAGAUUUGCAUGUACCAGAGCCCUACUUACAAGCUGCACAGGAUGUGCAAAAUGACUAUUCAUGUUCACAAGUUACAGAAGAUUAUAACCAGUUACUCAAUCAGUAUUAUGAGGUUGAGGAGAAAAGACAGAAGCUUCUAGUUCAGCUUCAACAAUUCGGUGGUUGGAACUACCAAUAUUCUGGUGAAGGUUCUGGUUCCAUCGUACAAGGCUAUACUGAUUUUGGCUCUCAGCAGAAUGCUGUCCCUACAUGCCAUCUUUCUAAUCCAGCUGUUGUCUGUUCAUGUUGUCCAUACCUGUCUCAGUGCUUGAUGACUCCAUGCACUUCAGUUCCUUCUAGUUUACAGGGGGGAUCAUGUGCCGGUAAAACUUGUACUGAUGCUUGUUUACAAACAAGCUUUGGGAGAUCAUUUUCUCUUGAAGAUGAUAGAAUGGUCAAGACAGCAAUGGGGACUGCAGAAAGAGCAUUAUCAUCAAUGAAAACGAGAAUUUCUGGUGAUUCUGACAUAAGUGAAGAUAAAAAGGAUGAGAAUAGGGAAGGGGAAGUGGCUGAAAGUACUAGCUCAGAGACAGAUCUUACCGCUGUAUUAAAUGCAUGGUAUUCUGCAGGUUUCUAUACUGGCAAGUAUCUCAUGGGGCAAUCAGUUGCAAAGAAGCGCCAUGGUUAAGCAUCCUCGCACAACAUCGAGAACAAGUAAACUAGUUCUUGUUUUCUACAGGACCUGGAGUUAAAUUCGACGUAUGUUCUACUAUAAUCAUAAACAAAAAUAGUUUGCGUAGAAGUGUAUUCUACGUACAACAUGGAUCUUUAAUCGUUAAUUGUAUCAUCAUUUUGACGAAAAACCGUAUUAACGGGACAUUUGGAAAUUGAGGCUUGUCUUCCAUUCCGUUC